UCUGACUUUUCAAAACAAGACGCAUUAUAAGGAAUUAAAAAUGCGUGUUGCCUGUUAACGACGACAACAUUUGCAAAACCAAGCUAUUUUUUAUUUAUCACGGAAGAUGAACACUCAACGUAGCUGACCUGGUUCUAUUUUGACCACAAAUGAAAGACAUGUCCGAAAUAUCAACGGUUAAACCGGCACGCGCCAAGAGGACCUUACCAAGUUUACCCAAAAGUUGCAAACCAUCAAAUGGCGUAUUUUUGUCACCAACGUGCUCGCCGAAAACUGCAAGAAAAAACUGCACAAAUUCACCUUUGGCUACGACAGGAAAAGAAAGGGCAAAGCCAUCGCGUUUGCCGAUACGAAGGACUCAGUCGCUUAGCGAAAUUUCAGUGCAAAAAUCCAGCACAAAUAAUAACAAAUUGCGUAAACAGGCGACUAUAAAUUCUAGCGAGCUCAGUGGAAAAAAUUCUAAUAAUAAUAAUACCAAACAUAUAAAAUUAUCAACGACUCCUGGAGAAUUAAAUAAAGCAAAAACCACGAAAAAUACUACGGUAAAAAAGCAAACAAAUUCGUUAAAUAUACAACCGAAAACCGAACCAAGAAUGAAAAAAAUUCAAGAAUUAUCAGACGCUAUAAAUCAUUCGAACUCAGAGACAGAGAGUUCAAUUUUAACAAAAAGCGAGAGCAUAGAUAGUGUCUCGGGGUUGGAAUUAGAGGAGGAACGAUCCUGUGUUACCGUGGCCGUGCGAGUACGACCUUUUAACCAAAGGUAAACAACUUUAAUAAUACUGUAUAUAUUUCUGUGUAAAUUGAAAGUGCAAAUACGGUGUAUAUAAAAUUAGAGUAAUGUUUGAAUUUGGUUAAUUGAAGUGGGCAAGACCGCGAACGUCUAAUAUUUGACCGUUAUUAAUUUUGGGUAAUUUAUUAAUAACAAUACUUAUAAUGCCACGUGCGCUCGAGCAGGAAUUUCAAACGUAUAAUUAGUGAGCAUUCUUUGUGCUCAGCAUGUUGUUUUUGACCUGCUGAUUCCAUUUACUUAUAUAGAAAUGAUUAAAAAUUUGAAACGUAUAUUAAAUUCAAACUACAUUACACCUCCGUUAAAAUUACUUAUUAACCAGAUAUUAAUUUCUAACUCAGUUAAUAUGUAGGAACAGUGUCUAUGGCAUGCCAUAUUUUUUUCAUUUUGUUAAUUAAAUGCAUGAAACAUCGAGAGAUUGGCAUCUCACUUUUGAACUAGACAAAGCAGUUUGCAGCUGCCGUUAAGAAAAAUAUGGUAAUGUAGAUAAAAAUUAUGCAUAAAUUUAAUGCCAUGGUAAUAUAUAAACAUUAUAAAUUUUCUAUAGUUGUAAGGAAAUUUGGCAUGCAUUUUAAGCACAUUUGCCAUUUUAUUUUUUUGUUAUAGUAUAACCAAUUACAUAAAUGAGUUAAGGCGUUUGAGAGUGUCUCAUUAUCAAUUUCUCAUCAUGGAUUUGAUUGGCCAGUAUUUUGCUAGCCAAUCAGGUGAUUGGAUUGAAGUUCAAUUUAAAAUGUGAUAUAGAGCUAUUAUCAUAACAAUAUACUUAGAGGAUUGCAUGAUCAAACUACCAGAAAAAUAUAACAUUUCCUAAAUUUCUUGUAGGAAUUCCUAUUGGAAAUACAAAAGGGAUUUUGUACUAUUCCUAUAGGAAUUCCUUUAAGAAAUGCAAUUUUCUAUAGGAAAUCCUAUGAGAAUUCUUACAGUAAAGGGAAUUCUAUUCCUAUAGAAAUUUCUAUAUGAAUCCAAACUUUUGGAACUCCUAUAGAAAUUCUGAUCUGGGGUGAAUAGGGCUAUACAAAUCCACCGAUCUGCCCAAAUUCGAAGCAAAAUCCGCGAUCCGACAAUGGUCUUGUCUAAAUUUGAAUCCGCUAAAAGCUCUACUAUAAAGUCACAAUCCAGGACCCGAACUAAAUUGCAAGCUAAAUCCACAAUCCGAGCCAAAAUAUUAGAUAAAUCCGCAAUCCGCUGUAUUAAUAAGAUCCGCAAAUCCGUGUAAAAUAUUCGCCAGAUCUGAAAUCCGAACAAUUUUUUCUGUGAAAUCCGACGAUCCGAAAACCUAUUCACCCCCCCCCAAUAGCCUACUUGCAACUACAAUUAUGAUAUGUACAAAAGGUUCUGUCUCAGUGACAGGUCUGUGACCUCCAAGUUUUCCAUGCUUGUCUAUCAUUAGCUCUUUUCUUCAUAUUUUCUCUUCCUUUAAAAUAUCAAACAAUGAACACCUUUCUCUCUCCCUUUUCCCAAGAAAACAACUUUCUCUGGCUGCUGUUAACAGUAUUGUAUAAUUUAUUUUAAGAGAGUUGAAGAAUACCAAUGCACAAUUAUGUUUGACUGCGGAGGGAAACACACUUUUUACGUCAGGCCCAGGUUUAAAACACAGCUUCUCAUACGAUCAUUGUUUCUGGUCAUUUGAUGAGAACUGCGAAACCUUUGCUACACAAGAAUAUGUUUAUAACAAAAUUGGCAAACCUCUGGUGGGAAAUGCUUUUGAUGGCUAUAAUACAUGCCUGUUUGCAUAUGGACAAGUAAGAAAAUCUCAUUGACUAAUGUAGCCUAACAGACUGACGGACAAAGCAGCCUUACAAGUGAAAAUGUCUGGUAUUAGACAGAGUAAAAUAAUAAAGUAGGGUGCAUUAGGGUACAAUGCAACUUAAUGGGUUAAUAUGUCGUGAUUUUUUUCUAGACGGGAUCUGGAAAGUCAUACAGGUAUUGUCUGGUAUUUUUUGCAAAACGUUUCUUGAAUAUUCAACUAUUAUUUUUUCAUUAUUGAAAUUGUUAAUUCUUUACCCUAUAUUGUCAAAUUUGAAGCAUGAUGGGAUUAAAUCACGAAGAACAGCCUGGGAUCAUUCCAAGAUUUUGUGAAGAUCUUUUUGAAAGAAUGAAUUCAUGUCCUGAGGUAUGGGAGAAUUUCAGAAAAAGCAUGCAAUAGCUCAUGGUGCACAUACAUGGCUAUAAAAGCAAGUGCAAGUACAUGGCCUGUCCAUGCCAAAUUUGUAGGUAAUUUCCUCUACAGUAUGGGGAAAUUGUUCAAUGACUUCUGUCUAUCAUCGUGCUUUUGUGUGUGUCUUGACUGUGGAUUUAUUUUUGCAAUCUCUGUGUUUGUAGUUGACAUUCUCAGUGGAAAUCAGUUACUUUGAGAUUUACAAUGAAAAGAUUCAUGACCUGUUGGAUUAUCACAAAGGAAAAGACAAUAAAAAGUCUCAUGUAAGAACUUUGAUGCAGAUUUAAAAUAAAACCUAACAUGCAAUACGACGAACUACCCUUCUAUCUUUUCCUUGCCCAAGUUCAUUCAGACUGACGCAUAAUCUCUCCAUAUUUAUAUACUGUACAAUGUGCAUACAUGUUCUUCUCUAACGAGUAAAGAGGAACAAUACAGAUAGCUUGUUCCAUUUGAUAGCCCAUCAUCUUACUCUAGACUGGUAUAAUACCAUUAAUUAUUUUCUAGUUGCGUGUAAGAGAGCAUCCCGAACUUGGUCCGUAUGUUCAAGAUUUAUCAACGUAUAUUGUCAGUAGUUAUGCUGAUGUAGAGGUAAUAGCGAUGGAAGAUCGACAUCAACAAAUCAGUUAUGACAUUAUAACUGUUUAAUUUCUAUUAUGACUGUCUCAAUUCUUCAAUAGAGAGCUUCAGAUUUAAACCAAUCAGAUGCGUUUAAUCUACUUGAUUAACCAAUCAGAUGCGUCGUUAGCCAGUGAGAGGUAGCAGUAUAGUGGAAGUCGAAUCUGAACCUCUGUAAUAACAUGGUCCUGCACUGCCUGGACGUGAUAAGAUGUGGGAUAAUUUUUUGACGGAACCUUCGUAGACGACGUAGUUUCCAUCUGGGAAUAGUCUUCAGUAGUUCAGUCACCUCUUAGCCUGCGAGCAGAGAGCCUGUAUGCAGUCUAGUUACCUCUAUAACCUCUAUUUGUCUGAUUUUAGUCGUGGCUUGCCGUGGGAAACAAAAGUCGAGCAACAGCAGCAACGGGGAUGAACGAAAAAAGUAGUCGAUCUCAUUCCGUGUUUACCAUCAUACUAACACAAACACAGGUUGGUAGAAAAAUUCAUGAAAAUUGACGUUUUAAAUAAAUCUGCACGCAGAAAUAAAUCUGCGCGCAGGAAUAAAUCUGCGCGCAGGAAUAAAUCUGCGCGCACGAAUAAAUCUGCACGGAGGAAUAAAUCUGCACACAGAAAUAAAUCUGCGCGCAGGAAUAAAUUUGCGCGCAGGAAUAAAUCUAUAUUUGCACGCAGAAAUAAAUCUGCGCGCAGGAAUAAAUCUGCACGCAGGAAUAAAUCUUCACGCAGGAAUAAAUUUGCGCGCAGGAAUAAAUCUCCACGCAGAAAUAAAUCUGCGCGCAGGAAUAAAUCUGCACGCAGGAAUAAAUCUAUAUCUGCGCGCAGGAAUAAAUCUGCGCGCAGGAAUAAAUCUGCGCUCAGAAAUAAAUCUGCACGCAGAAAUAAAUCUGCACGCAGAAAUAAAUCUGCGCGCAGGAAUAAAUCUAUAUCUGCACGCAGAAAUAAAUCUGCACGCAGAAAUAAAUCUACACGCAGAGAUAGAACUGCGCGCGGAAAUAGAACUGACUUUUCUCGUUUGUCCAAGGUUUAGAGAGGGCGGACUGUACAAUAAGGUUCUUUUCUUUUCGUUUCUUAGACGGAGUUAUUGGAAGGAACGGAAACACAGAUGUCCAAAACAAGCAAGAUCAAUUUGAUUGAUUUAGCCGGAAGUGAAAGAGCCAGCACGGCUUUAAAUGAUGACGUCAUUGAUUCAAAACAAACGUACGACUUGAGACUAAAGGUAUAGCUUAGUUUGGAUUGCAAAAGACGCAGCUCUAACGUGAUCGUAUCGAAGGCUUACUAGGGCGUCUCUGACUGCCACAAUAUGACAACAACAACAACAAACAAAACCACCACCACAACAACGACAACGACAACAACAACAACGACAACAACAACAACGACAACAACGACAAACAAAACAACAACAACAACAACAACAACAACAACGACAAACAAAACAACGACAACAACGACAAACAAAACAACAACAACAACAACGACAAACAAAACAACAACGACAACAACAACAAACAAAACCACAACAACAACGACGACAACAACAACGACAACAACAACAAACAAAACCACAACAAACAAAACCACAACAACGACGACGACGACAACAACAACGACAACAACAACAAACAAAACCACAACAACAAUGACGACGACAACAACAACGACAAACAAAACCACAACAACAACGACGACGACAACAACAACCACAACAACAACAACAACAACGACGACAACGACAACGACAACAACAACAAACAAAACCACAACAACAACGACGACGACAACAACAACGACAAACAAAACCACAACGACGACGACGACGACGACAACAACAACAACAACAACGACAACAACAACGACAACAACAACGACAACAACAACAAACAAAACCACAACAACAACGACGACGACAACAACAACAACGACAACAACAACAACAACAAACAAAACCACAACAACGACGACGACGACAACAACAACGACAACAACAACGACAACAACAACGACAACAACAACAAACAAAACCACAACAACAACGACGACGACGACAACAACAACGACAAACAAAACCACAACAACAACGACGACGACGACAACAACGACGACAACGACAACAACGACGACAACGACGACAACAACGACGACGACGACGACAACGACAACGACGACAACAACAGCAGCAGCAACAACAACAACAACAACAACAACCAACAACAACAACGACAACAGCAGCAACAACAACAACAACAACGACAACAGCAGCAACAACAACAACCACCAACAACAACAAAUAAAACAACAAAAACAUUUAUUUAUACCAAUUACAAGUUACAUAAAUUAGAAACACAACAUUACAGAUAUUACAAGAACAAUUUACAACGUGAAUUUACUAUAUUAUAAAAUAAGGCAUACGGCAGCUAGAGAAACACAAGCUUUCGAGCUAGCCACCAUAACCCAUAUCUGAUCACGGAACACAGCUAAGGUUUUGAGUUUCGUUCAAGAGUUAGUUUCUGGCGAGGGAGGAAAACCAGAGGACCCUGAAGGAAUAGCUUGGGCAAGAGUAAGGUAGCGUCAUCUACCAGCCGUACUACGAACGUGCGUCUUUAUCUUACAGGAAGGUGGUAGUAUCAACAAAUCUCUUCACACUCUUGGCAAAGUCAUCUCAGUUUUGUCAACUCAAGAAAAGGCGGGAAAAAAGAAGAAAGUUCAUAUACCUUACCGUGACUCCGUGUUAACUUGGUAAGAUCUGGAUAGCUGCUACCCUGGCACUAAGAAGAAAAACGUUCGAACGCUUAAUACCUCAAAUUAGAGUUACACUCGGUCUACUUAAUAUCAGGAUUUGGGGAAUCUAUUCUCGUCUCUACAAUCCUUACUGCACCUCUAGGGAGAACAGUUUAGAACGGAUAGAGCUAACCAGUAUAAAUGAAGUUAGUUUAGACGUGUAGAUUUUGGAAGACGUAUCAAUAUUCGUGCACUUUCUUCAGGUUAUUAAAAGACAGUCUUGGCGGGAAUUCUAAGACGGCCAUGAUCGCCACCGUGAGUCCCUCCAUUGCUCAUUAUGAGGAAACUCUGAGUACGCUAAGAUAUGCAAGUCAGGCGAGAAGCAUUGUGAACAGAGCAAGAGUGAAUGAAGAUCCAAAUGCUAAAUUAAUACGAGGUAAGGAUCAUUCAGGCGUUCUGAAAACUCAAAGAACAUAAAUCUUGCUUACAUUGGGUUCGGGGUGAGGGGCAUUUAUAACAUCAUAUAUUUUUCUUCCAGAACUAUUGGCUGAAAUUGAACGUCUUAAAGAAUCAUCUAUUUCAUCAGAGCCAGAAAUUAACAACAGUUUAAACGAUGAGAUUACGAUGUUACGAGAAAAACUCAAAGAAACCACCUCAUUGCUGGCGGAAUCCACAAAGUAAGGUUUUGCACUAUGAAUAAUAUUUGCAAGUAUUUGGGUCGGUCGGUGGUCGGUGGGUCAAUCGCUUUCUCAGUCGGUUAUUCCGUUAAUCAGUCGGUCGAUCAGUAGAUAAUAGAGAGGUUUAGAUAUGACUUCCACUAUUAAGGGACCAUUAGCCAAUCAGAUGUGUUUGAUACAUUAGAUUAACCAAUCAGAUGCGUUUGAUAAUUUAAAUUAACCAAUCAGAUGCGUUUGUUAAUUUAAAUUAACCAAUCAGAUGCGUUUGAUAUAUUAGAUUAACCAAUCAAAUGCAUUUGAUAUAUUAGAUUAACCAAUCUGAUGCGUACUAAGCCAGUGAGUGGUAGUGAAAUCUGAACCUCUCUAUUGUCAAAUCUCGAGAACAGAAGCAGAAUACAUUAUAUUGUUUCUGUUUUUUCAUAGAAACUGGCAAGAGAAACUAGAACUUUCUGAGAAGCGAAAGGUCGAGGAAGCGGAAAAGUUAAAGGUAAAGCAAGAAUUUUUCACAACAAAAAAGAUCAUUUCAAAGUAGGAGUUCUGGAUCGCGUGUUUGAAAAUCCAUGUUUCCAUUUUAGCAAGCGGGUAUUUCAUUCAAAGUCGACAAUAAACUUCCCAAUCUUGUUAACUUGAACGAAGAUCCUCAACUCUCAGAAAUGUUGCUGUACAUGUUGAAAGAAGGUACUGGACGUUUAACAUGCUGGGACAGCCUUCGUAAUAGGCCUAGUUUUUGUCUCGGCAAAAUCGGCUACUUUUUGUCGAUGUAAGUCAGAACAUUCUCAACAUGUCUCGGCAUUUCCGUCAGCAAUUGUUUUCAGGCUCACUGUUUUCAGUUCCAGUUAUUUUCAGGCUGGGGGUUUUCAGGGUCGGUGUUCCGAAUUCCGUUUUCAAAUGCCAGAAUCCCUUUUUCAACGCCAGACCUUCCUUUUCAAAUGCCAAAACUCCCUUUUCAAAAGCCUGAAAUCCGUUUUCAAAUGCCAGAACGCCGUUUUCAAAUGCCAGAAAUCUGUUUUCAAAUGGUAGAACUUUGUUUUCAAAUGCCAAAACUCCGUUUUCAAAUGCCAAAACUCAGUUUUCAAAUGCCAAAACUCCGCAUUCAAAUGCCAGAACAGUCUUUUCAAAUGGCAGAACUCCGUUUUUAAUUGCAAAAACUUCCGUUUCAAAUGCCCGAAUUCCGUUUUCAAAUGCCAGAAAUCCUUUCUCCAACGCCAGACCUUCCUUUUCAAAUGCAGAAAUACCGAGCUUGAAAGGAACAUUAACAGCAGUUCUUGUAAAAAAAACCCGGGAAAAGUUCUGAGGCGGACUUGUGGCAAGUCUAUUCUCUUAUAGCAAGCACUGCUAAGCACUAUCUUGCAGCAGAUUGUGGCAGGGCCACCGAGGCACUUUACCCCGGGCCCCCAAGCCCAAAAGGGGGCCCCCAAAACAACAGUGGCUCUUUGAUACAAGAUUGCUCACCGUUUUACAAUUAUGACGUGAUAGGGGCAUCUGGGAAGUUUUGCCCGGGGCCACGCGCAACCUCCCAGCGAGCCUGGAUGGUGGUUAACCGGUAAUUCUUACUUUAUUUUAUCAUCUAGGGGAAACGACAGUUGGACGUCGUCAAAGUGAACUGUGUAGUGAUCAUGAUGUUCAGUUGAAUGGUGUUUUAGUGGCAGAGAACCAUUGGUAGGCUUAAAUGUUUUCAUCCAGCCUUAUUGUCAAUGCAAUUUUCAGCCCUGGCAGGCGAGAUUUCGGGUAGUCAAGAUUUCCCGUAAUUGAGCUAACCUUUCAUGUAUAGGGGUCAUAUAAACAUCACCUAAGAUAUGAAACCUUUUCCCACCUUAUAGUUUGAUCCGUAACGAAGGAGAAAAAGUGUACAUUACUCCCAUAGGUAAGAUUGAUUUAAAACGUACCUAUAAACAUAUAGAGAUCAAUGUAAAGCUCACUUCCCUUGUGGUCGUUUGAGCACUCUGGCCCCAUUACACUCCGCGCAUGUCUAGAGCAAUAUAUAUCGAAUCAAACACACUUGUAAUCUGCAAUCUUGAAUGGUGCUCUUUCAUUCUUCGCUGUUCUUCACCCUCUUCAUCAAUUUCUCCAUGACAUGUAAACUUUUAUUCUCCAUCAGAUCGCUUUAUCGCACACGCGUAAAAAUCGCACACCUUCAUUUCACUAAAAUCUCGUAUCCUUUACUGCAGACGAUGCUCCAACGUACGUCAAUGGUCAACAAUUGUCAGAAGAAACCGUUCUUCAUCAUGUAAUUUUAAAUCUUUUCGAUUUUUUAAAAUUUUAUUACUUAACUACUGUGACGAGGUGUUGAUUUUCUUUAUUCACGUUUCUAGGGUGAUCGCCUUGUCAUUGGCGGAGAUCAUUAUUUUCGGUAAAAUAUACAAUUUCAAACUUUUUUGUAAACUUACGAAUUUCCUAUACCAUGAAAUCCUGAUUCUAACCGUAUAGACUAAAUCCAAAAUUUUGCCCGAAUGUAAAGUUUUCUCUUGUGCAAAGGUUCAACCAUCCCAUGGAAGUACAACAACGUAGACAAGAAAAUUCCGAGAAAGGAGAAAGUGUUGUUCCUAAAGAUUUUGAAUUUGCCAGGAAUGAAUUGGCACAAGUGCAGAAUGCCAGGUAACAAUUUGAUCGAUAACUCUUUCUA